AUGGAAUAUUUUAAAAGUAGUAUUUUAAAGUCGGUUUUAGGUUCUGCACCUGUAGGAAACGAACCAUCGGGUGCUGAUACGGUAGAACGAUUGGUAGACAGGUUACAAUCGUCAACGUUAUUAAAUGACAGACGAGAUGCCUGCCGGGCACUCAAAGCUCUUUCACGCACUUAUCGUGUCGAGGUAGGAGCUCAAGGAAUGGAUGCUUUGAGACAAAUUCUAGAGAUGGAUAGAACCGACUGCGAAAUCAUUGCUUUAGCAUUGGACACUCUUUGUAAUAUAACCAAUCCAAAAACGUUCGAUGAAGAAAUAAAUAACCAUGGGCCUAAUAAUAAAAUAGGAGAACAAUUCACAGAGAUAUUUAUAAAAGAUACAGAUAGCGUGGGAUUAGUUUUAGCACUCUUGGAAGAAUUUGAAUUUAACGUCAGAUGGCUAGCAUUGAAGUUACUAAUGCACCUGUCGACUAAUAGACUGAAAGAUAUGCAAGAAAUAAUUUUAAUCAGACCCAUGGGUGUUGGGAAACUGAUGGAUCUCCUUGGUGAUAGUAGAGAAGUUAUACGUAACGAAAUUUUAUUGCUUCUUAUUCAACUAACAAAAGGCAAUGCGUACAUUCAAAAAAUAGUUGCAUUCGAUAAUGUAUUUGACCGCAUUUUGGAUGUUAUUGCACAAGAGGGUAAUGCAGAAGGUGGUAUCGUCGUGGAAGACUGCCUGUUGCUUAUGUUAAAUCUUUUACGGGGUAAUAUAAGUAAUCAAAAUUAUUUCAAGGAAGGUAGUUAUAUUCCAAAAUUGACACCAAUGUUUCAAAUACCAUCUGGAAUUGAUGACAAUGCAUGGAGUCCACAGAAGGUAUCAAAUGUUCAUUGCAUGAUGCAAGUGAUUCGUGCUUUAGUAGCACCAAGUGGGCCUGCCCAGACAGUGGCUAACUGUCAAAGAAUUAUAAGAGCCUGUGGACUUCUACAAGCUUUGUGUAACAUAUUGAUGGCUAGCGGUGUACCUGCGGAUGUGUUGGCAGAAACCAUUAAUACAGUAGCUGAAGUUAUUAGAGGAAAUACGAAUAAUCAAGAAUUUCUAGCUGGAGUAAUGGCUCCUAGUAAUCCUCCUAGACCUGCGAUUGUUGUUUUACUCAUGUCUAUGGUAAAUGAAAAACAAUCAUUUGCUUUAAGAUGUUCCGUUCUUUACUGCUUUCAAUGCUUUUUAUAUAAAAACAAAGUGGGUCAAAGUCAACUUAUUCAGACUUUAUUGCCCCAAGGGAAUGAGGUGCCAUCUUUGACAACAGGACAGUUGUUAUGUGGAGCUUUAUUUUCGUCGGAUUCUUUAUCGAAUUGGUUUUCUGCCGUGGCAUUGUCUUAUGCACUGAUCGACAACAACACGCAGAAGGAACAAAUGUUACGCGUGCAUCUUGCGACCAACAUCGGAAAGCCACCAGUGACCUUGAUACAACAAUGCGUAAUGUUGCUGCAACAAGGCAAUAAAACACAAUGCAAAUUAGGUCUUUUAAUGCUACUUUGUAGAUGGACUGCUGAUUGUCCAGCCGCUGUUAAAGCAUUUUUGGAUAUCGAUUCAUCUGUACCUUACCUAACAGCAUUGUUGUCGUCGCAGGAGAAUAACGAUGAUUUACAGGAAACCUUGUUACAAAGUAUGUGCGCCAUGCUUAUUGGAUUGUGUGUACAUUUUAACGAUAACACCGUUUCUAAUUAUACGAAGGAAAAAUUAUGCGAUUUAAUUGAAAAUAGAAUAGGAUUAGAAGGAUUUCAAGAUGCUAUCGGUGGUCUCGCUAGGCACGAGAUAUAUUCUAAAACUUUAAAACACCCUCAACCUUCGGCGAAGAAUCCUUCGGAGCUUUUAUUGGACCAUGAAUUUUGUAGAUUGUCAAAAACGUUAGAGGGUGUGAUUACGAAGUUGGUUCCAGACGGAAGUAGUUUGCAUCAUAAAAAUCAAAUUACAACACCUAUAUUACCAGAUUCCGUUUUAGUAUCGCAAUAUGAAGAAGUUAUUCGAAAACAAGAUUUACAGAUACAGAAACUCAGUCAAAUUAUGGAAUCACUGGUCAAAGAAAAACAUGAACUCGAAGCACAAAUGCAUGAUCUUCGAUCAACUGUUAGUUACUUGAAGGAUCAAAACUUAGUUUUACGAGCAGCACAAACUAAUUUAUUAUCAGAAGACACUGUACUUAAUGAAAAAAAUGAGACUGACUUGGAACGCAAAUUAAAGGAAAAAUCCGGUGAACUGGAAAAGCUAAAGAAAGACCAAGAAAAUCUUUUGGAACUUUUAACGGAUCAAGAUAGUAAAAUUAUACUGUACAAAGAGAAAUUAGCUGCAUUAGGUGAAAAAGUCGAGACAGAUGAAAGUUCUGUUGAACUGGACACCGAUGAUCAACCGGAAUCCAGCAAUUCCGUCGAUCGCAUUGAUUAAUAUCAUUUCUUCAAUAUCGAAAAUUGUUAUAGUAAUAAUGAUAAUGAAAAGACUUCUACUUCGGUUGUAUCUUUCCUUCUUUUUUCA